AUGCAAAAGAUGUUACCUCCAGAGAGGCAUGGUAGAUGGAAAUGCAUGUUACUCAACCAGCAAAUCAUGGUUUCCAGGCACAAUCCCUUCUCAAGUAUUCCCUGGAUGGACAAUGACAUGUAACUUGGGAUACAUCCACUUGGGCAAAACUAGAAGAAAAUGACACUUUUCUGCCAGAGGCUAUUAAAUGACCAAGAUGGAGUUACAUGAUAUGGACUCAGCUAUUCUAGGAGGCAGCUGUUUGCUCCCCUUUAUUAAAUGUAGGCAGGAAAACCAAGGUGUGGUGGUUAAGAGACUUGCCUAUAGUCACACAAUGAGGUGCAACAAUGUUUUAACAGUGUUUCUCAAGCCAGGGACUCCUCCCUAAGGUGACUAAGCCUUCCCACUCAUUCUCCAGACCUGCCCACACCUGAGGUGGUUGCCCAGGGAGCUAAAGCUUCUCCCCAAACAAACUUGACCUGGUAAACGUGGUCUUUCCUCUCUGCCUUUGGCUAUUUCAUCCUCCUCUCCCUUUCCCUCUACCCCUCUAUCCUGUUUUCUCCAGGUCUUGGCUGGUGUCAGGAAAGGGGUCCCCUCCCAUGGCCUCCCACUCCAGGGAGCCAGGGCUCCUGCCCUGCGGGUCCUGUGACAUGGUUUUCCGCUCUUGGCCCCUGCUGGCCACCCACACUCGGCGCUUCUGCAUUGGCGGUCAGACCCGGGAGGUGACAGUUGGAGCACAGCCCCCAGUAGCCACUGAACCACGGGUACCCGGGGAAAGGGCCUCCAUGGUCAUGAGUGGGUAUUGAAGUGACUAACUCAGCAUUGCUCACCCCACACCCCGUCCACAGGUUGUGCCACAAGAACACCAGGGCCUCCCGGACCAGGAGGCCAGCAAAUCGGCUCUGAAGAGGCUAACAGAGGAGGUGCAGCGGCUGCGGCUGUAUCUGCAGGAAAUGAAACCCUGGAUAACAGAAGUCCCCAGGGGGCCACAGGGGCCCUGGAGGUGUUCAGAGGCGACGACUCGGAGCGCCUACUCCAAGGCUGCUGGCAGCCUGGGCGAGCGGCUGCUGGCGCUGCACUGGACUCACGCAAGGCGCGUGGCAGAGACCGCGGCACAGAGCUGGGCCCUAGAGCAACGCGGCGAGGAACUGAGCCGGCGCCUCCAAGGUUUGGCCCGGACCGGGAACGGGAAAUCAUGCAUAUUCAGUCUGGAGCGGGAGCUUCGAGAACUCCGGGCAGAGACAGGGCGAACGCGGGGAGCUGUGGAGGAGUUAAGGGCGCACGUUCAGCAGUUCCAGGCCAACCCGGUCACCCGGCUGAACGCCUUGAGAGAAGCAGAAGUCUGUGGUCCGGUGCUACAAGCCACCCCAGGGACUCUGCCUGCGGAGAUUGGGGCCCUGCGUGAGGCCUACAUUCGAGGCGGGGGCCGGGACCCCGGCGUUCUGGGCUGGAUGUGGCAGCUGCAAGCGGAGGCAUCAGCUCUGGAGCUUCGGCGGUCGCGGACCGGCAGGGGUGAACAGGAGCGGGCCAGCCAGAAGACCUCUCUGGAAAGAGGAAAGGGCGGAGGACGGGCAGGUGCUGCAUUCAAGGAGCUUCUAGCAGUGGAGGCUGAAAACCGGCGCCUGGAGGCAGAAAUCCUGGCUUUGCAAAUGCAGAGGGGCGCAGGCCAGAUGCCCUGGGGUCAGUGAGCACCCAGUUCCCCUGUCUAGCCCUCCCCAGCAGGCCAGGCUCAGAGAAAGGGGUUAGAGGGACCAUGCACAGGGAAUGCGACCCGUGUCUGCGCCCCAUCAGUCCGUGUCCACGCGCAUCUCCAGGUGUCCGCAUGGGUUUGGCUCUUGGGGAUGAGGUAUCUCAGCCCAACUACUUGCUGCGUCCUGCUCAAGGGCCCCGGCUCUUCGCUGUACCUAGGGUGCAGGGAGCCGAGACUUGCGGCCAAUCCGAGCCCACGCCUGAGGAGGGAAGAUCGCCUCCCGCCUCCAGUGGCUCCCCGGCUGCCGCCCUCCACCGGAGUCCUGUUCUUGGGUGGCGCUGAGAAGGCUUCGCAGCUUCCUGGAGCCAUGACCAGAAACCUGGCCAGGGAUCCGUACUACCUCCUGCCCUCUAAUGACGUCCUGGGCCCUGCACCCUACGACCCCGGGGCUGGCCUUGUCAUUUUCUAUGACUUCCUGCGGGGCCUUGAGGCUUCUUGGGUUUGGGUGCAACUAAUGACUGGCUUGGCCCGAGAUGGACAGGAGUCAGGAGGGUCCACUGCGCUGCCCCCAGCCCUUUGCUUGCCCCCACCUCCAGCUCCUGGGCCCACCGGCAACUGUGCCAUCCUUGCCAGCAAGCAGCCUGUACCCAGACUGCCACCCUCACCAUCAGUAGCCUUGAUCUGUGAGCUCCAGGCCUGGCAGGGGCUAGCAUGGGCUAAGGCACCACAGCCAAAGGCCUGGGCCUCACUAGUGCUAUUUGACCAGAAUCAGAAGUUGCUAAGUGGUUGUUGGCGUCUCCCACUUCGGGCCCUCCCUCUGGACCCCAGCCUUAGCCCUGGGCAGCUGAACGGGAUUCCCCAGGUUAAUCAGGCCGAGCUCUUUGUGAGACUGGUGAAUGCAAGAGAUGCAGGUGUCCAGGCCCUGGCAGAGGUCAAUCCAGCAAAUGCCCAUGAGUACCAGUACCCACCUCUGGUACCCAACUCAUCUUCACCGGAAGCCAGCCCCCUCGCCCCAGCAACUGCCUUUGUUGACCCCCCUCCUCCCGAAGAUGCCUGAACCAGCAGACUCAGGCAUAAAGAGGGUUUGGGCCCUCCCCACUGCUUUGACCCACCCCCACUGGUUCUGAGUCCAGAAGAAGGGGGUAUGAGUAGCUUAAUGUGCACAAGACUGGGGCCUAGACUGAGGCCUCUUCUGGGAUCUGCAGCUUUACUAACUCCAUGUUCUGACAAGUCUGGAAACAAAUAGAGAUGUGAACACAUAACAUGUGCUCCAAUCCCAUCUCUAACUUCAAGCACUUGGCCUUUCUUUACCUAUUAUCUUUUUGUUAAAAAAGAUUGAUGUGAGGAUUAAACACAUCAGGCUUACA